UAAGCCAAUUUAAAUAGGGGGAAAACAACGAGGGCUCAGUUGCCACCACGAAGAUGUUCGAAGAAGAACCAAAUCAACCUAAAAUUGCCCAGGAACGGAUUAAGUUUCAACAAAUCCUUGAGAAGGGAGAAGAGGAUGGAAUCAGUGCGUUGCCCGAUUCCUUGCUUCUUGAAAUCCUUUCUCGUUUACCCUCCACAAAACACGCCAUUAGAACAGAUCUUUCCGAAAGUCAUCGUCUCCAAAACCCUAACUUAAGGUAUGAUUUUGCAUUAUUGGUGGACAAAACCCUAACUCAGUGUCGACAAUCGAAGCUUAAGAAAUUCGAAGUGUAUAUCUAUUACGAUAUCUGAUUUGAAUCGCAGUUCAACAACUGGAUUCAACAUGCUAUAAGUUGUAACGUUGAAGAGCUUAAGUUGAGGUUUCUGUAUACGAGAAUUGAAGCUGAGUUUCGGUUAGAUAAAUUUUCUUUCAUCAAUUCUUGUUUUACUGAUCUGAGAUUAGUAGGGUGCAAGUUGAAUCCAAGUGGGGCAAUUAGUUGGAAAAAUCUUAAGAGUUUGUGUAUUUCUUAUAUGAAUUUAGAUGAAGGGAUGAUCGUAAAUAUAUUAUCCGGGUGUGUUGGAAACUUUGAUGUUGGAAGAUUGGUUUGGCUAUAGUGGGCCCGAUGUUACUUCAGAUGAUGAAUCUGAAGACGAUAUCAUCCAAAUCAAUGCUUCUAAUAGUUUAUUACUAACUCAAUGUCCUCAAGUGAACCUCAAGAAAUUCAAAGUUUUAUCCGAGUUGGAUAUUACGUUUGAAUCCUAAUUCAACAGUUGAAUUCGUUAUGCUAUAAGAUGCAACGUUCAAAAGAUUAGUUUAAGGUUCUGGAAUACGGUAUUCGGAUAUGAGUUUAUGUUAGAUCAAACUUUUUUCACGAGUUCGUGUUUUACUAAGCUGAAAUUAGAUGGGUGCAUGGUUAAUCCAGUUGGGGCAAUUAGUUGGAAAAAUCUUAGGAGUUUGUCUAUAUCUUAUUGGAGUUUAAAUGAUGAUUUGAUUGAAAAUAUAUUAUCUGGAAGUCCUGUAUUGGAAACUUUGGUGUUUGAUGAUUGCCAUGGUUAUAGGCAUCUCCAUAUUACUUCAAAGAGUGUUAAAAACUUGGUGUUAUCUAGAUACCGGGAUUAUUAUGCUAAAUCUGAAGCCGAUAUUGUUGAAAUCAAUGCUCCCAAUAUUUUAUCACUAACAAUCAAAGAUGAUUUGGUGUUGCACAAGCUUUUGUUGGUAAAUGUGUCUUCUUUAGUCAAAGCUAACUUAAAUUAUACUCGUUCAAAGAUCGCGCAAACAACUCCUACAGAAGUGGAAGAAGAGAUGCUUAAAGGAUUUAUAAUGAAUCUUGGCCAUGUCAAGGAGCUUAAAAUUGGGAUUUUAUGUUCUAAGGUUCUUUCUUGUUUGCAAGCUAAAGGUUUCAUUUUUCCAUCAAAUGUGAUUCCUAAAGCUAUCGAGAUUAACUGAUUAAUGAUGCUUUGAGUUCAUGUUUAAGAAUUUAAGUUAUGGUGAAUUAUUUUCAUCUAUUUUCUGUUCUGUUUUGUAUAGUAGUCUUGGUAGUUGGUUCCAUUGGGUUGUGGGAUCAUUUAUUUUUAAAAUAUUGACUGAUUGAUUGUUUUUUAGUUAUAGUGAGUUAUUAUUAGUUGUUACUCAAAAGCAUCUACAUCUAUUGUAGUUUUGAAGCUUCAUUUUUGUUGGUAAUAUCUCAUCUUCUAUGAGUUUUGGCA